UCACGUUUCUGUUUUCCUUCACUUGGUGUUGGAUGCUAAGGCGACACAGUAGUGCUCCGUGGUUUCCCUGUGCUGUUUUUUCAAAGAACCAAAAACAAAAUCUAGAACUCUAUUGCACCCUGUAAUUUUUUUUACAGAGUUUAGUAGAACUUCUGUUCGAUAUUAUUUUUUCCAUAUUAAAAAGAAAUAAAAAAUAAGACAGCAAAUUAAAGAGUUCUGCGAAACAAUAUAAGGACAACCACAACUUGUCUAGUGGUUAAAUGGCUGAAGCGUGGCAAGGUCCGCCAAAACAGGGCUUGUACGACCCUCAGCUUGAAAAGGAGGCUUGUGGUGUCGGUUUUAUAGUUGCCAUAGACGGUCGUCGUUCCCAUAAGAUAGUACGCGAUGCCCAGCGUCUUGCUAUUUCUAUGAACCAUCGUGGCGCCUGUGCCUGUGACAAUGACACUGGAGACGGCGCCGGAGUCCUCACCGCCAUUCCACAUGACUUUUAUUCCGUCAAGCUUAGAGAUGAGCAAAACAUCGAGUUGCCUCCUUUCGGCAAGUACGCAACUGGGAUAUUCUACUUGGAUAAACUCCACCACCAAGAAUUCGAAGCGAAGUUCGCGUCCUUGGCAGAGGAACUGGAUAUGUCCGUGCUGGCUUGGCGUACCGUACCAACCGACAAUUCCUCCAUAGGUACCGUCGCCAAGAACACCGAACCAUUUAUGAGACAAGUUUUUGUGGGUGUAAAGGGCGAUGCCCCUGAGGACGAGUUGGAUAGACGUUUCUUCAUUUUGCGUAAACGCGCCAGCCACACCAUUCCCUCAUCUGGAAAAAGAUUCUACAUUUGUUCGUUGAGCCGCAGAACCAUCGUGUACAAGGGCCAGUUGACGUCCGAUCAACUCUGGACCUAUUUCCCGGACCUUGCUGACCCGCUGUAUGACACCUACUUAGCUUUGGUGCAUACCAGAUUUUCAACGAACACUUUCCCCAGCUGGGAAAGAGCUCAUCCGCUUAGAAUGUUGGCUCACAACGGCGAAAUUAAUACUUUGCGUGGUAAUGUUAACUUAAUGAAGGCCAGAGAAGGUGUUAUGUAUAAUGAAGAGUAUGGCGAGAAGCUUAAGGAUCUGUAUCCUGUCGUUGAACCCAAUUUGUCUGACAGCGGUUCAGCUGAUUGCGUUUUGGAGUUCCUGGUACAUGCUGGUAAUCGCAAAUUACCGGAGGCUGUGAUGACUAUGGUGCCAGAAGCCUGGCACAAUGACCCUACGAUGUCUGAAGAGAAACGUGAUUAUUACCAUUGGGCGGCUUGCAUUAUGGAACCAUGGGACGGACCAGCUUUGAUUUCUUUCACUGAUGGGCGGUUUAUUGGUGCCAUACUCGACAGGAAUGGUUUGCGUCCUUCACGGUUCUACAUCACCAAGGAUAAUAUGAUGAUCAUGGCCAGCGAGGUUGGCGUCUAUGACGUAGACCCAUCUCAGGUUAUUUUCAAGAGUCGACUUAAACCUGGAAGAAUGUUGCUUGUUGACACUCAGGAAAAAUCGGUCAUUCAAGACGUUGAAUUGAAACAACAAAUUGCGCGUUCUAGACCACAUUCAGAAUGGCUCAAAGAACAGAUAACUAUGGACGAACUGAGACAAACUCAUUUAGAAGCAAAUCGUUCAUCUAAACCAAAGUACGAACCAAGCGGACUUGGCGAUAAACGUCUUUCCCUUUAUGGUUACUCCACCGAGACCAUUCACAUGUUACUGCUACCAAUGGUCAACAACAAGAAAGAAGCCCUAGGUAGCAUGGGCAACGACGUCCCCUUAGCCUGCCUGUCAAACUUCGCUCCGCUUCUCUACGAUUACUUCAAACAACUCUUUGCUCAAGUUACAAACCCUCCCAUCGAUCCGUUCAGAGAAAAAGUCGUAAUGUCUUUGCAAUGCCCGAUUGGUCCCGAGGCGAACAUUCUCCGACCAGACCCCAAGCAAGUCCACCGCUUGUGGUUAAAACAACCCGUCAUUUCCAUCGUGGAUCUCGAAGUUUUGAAACAAACAACCCAUCGAAACUGGAGCGCCCACAUAAUCGAUAUCACCUUUCCAGUCGAAAGCGGGCCCGUAGGAUUCCUAAAGAAACUGCAAAGCGUCUGCGAAGAAGCUCAUCAAGCGAGCAAAGACAACCAAAUCAUUGUUCUGUCCGACCGCAAAGCGGGAAGCGAACGCGUUCCAAUCAGCAGUCUAUUGGCUCUUGGUGCUGUCCAUCAUCAUCUUAUCGAAAUGCGGGCUCGAAUGAAAGUCGCUUUGGUUGUGGAAACCGCUGAGGCGAGGGAGGUUCACCAUGUUUGCGUUCUUCUGGGGUACGGUGCUGAUGCGAUUUGUCCAUAUUUAGCCCUCGAGCUAGCGUCAAGUUUGAGAGACCAGGGAGUACUUGACACUUCUCUUACCGACGAAGUCAUUUUCCAGAACUAUGCGCAAGCUAUGCAAACUGGAAUUAACAAAGUAAUGGCGAAAAUGGGAAUUUCGACCUUGCAGUCGUACAAAGGCGCUCAAAUCUUUGAGGCUGUGGGGCUGGCGGAGGAUGUCAUCGAUAAAUGCUUUAGAGGUACACACUCGCGCAUUGGAGGAGUCACUUUAGAAACCUUAGCUCAGGAAGCGUUUCAGAGACACGGAAAUACGUAUUGCAUAGCUACAGAUUCACUGAUUUUACGAGAUACAGGCAACUUCCAUUGGCGAGCUGGAGGCGAAAAACAUCUGAACGAACCAGCUAGUAUUGCGGCACUACAGGAAUCCGCAAUAAAUAAAAACCAAUCCGCUUAUGAGAAAUUCAGAGAAUCUACUAUGGAAUCUGUACGAAACUGUAUGCUACGAGGUCGUUUUGAUCUAAGAACUUUGGAUGAGCCGUUACCUCUUGAUGAAAUAGAACCCGCAUCAGAAAUUGUGAAGCGAUUUGCAACUGGUGCCAUGAGCUUUGGUUCUAUUAGCUUGGAAGCCCAUCAGACUCUAGCGAUUGCGAUGAAUAAAGUGGGAGGAAAAAGUAACACAGGCGAAGGUGGUGAAGAUCCGGAGCGUUAUUUAGAUCCACAGAAGCGAUCAUCCAUCAAGCAAGUUGCUUCUGGUCGAUUUGGUGUGACUUCUUCGUAUUUGGCUCAUGCGGAUGAUCUUCAAAUUAAGAUGGCGCAAGGGGCCAAACCAGGAGAAGGUGGAGAACUUCCAGGGUACAAAGUGUCAGCGGAAAUCGCCAAGACAAGACAUUCCGUCGCAGGCGUCGGUUUAAUUUCCCCUCCGCCCCAUCACGAUAUCUACUCCAUUGAAGAUCUCGCCGAGCUCAUUUACGACUUGAAAUGUGCCAACCCGAGGGCGCGCAUUUCCGUCAAGUUGGUGUCAGAGGUAGGAGUGGGAGUCGUAGCUUCCGGUGUAGCGAAAGGCAAAGCGGAACACAUUGUCGUUUCCGGGCAUGACGGUGGCACUGGCGCCAGUUCCUGGACUGGUAUCAAGAACGCUGGUUUACCUUGGGAACUCGGCAUUGCCGAAACCCAUCAAGUUUUAGUUCUAAACAAUUUACGAUCUCGAAUCGUGCUCCAAGCGGAUGGCCAAAUUCGAACAGGGUUUGAUGUGGUCAUCGCAGCUUUGCUCGGAGCAGACGAAAUCGGUUUCAGCACAGCGCCUUUAAUCGUAAUGGGUUGUACUAUGAUGCGAAAAUGUCAUCUAAACACUUGCCCAGUAGGUAUCGCCACUCAAGAUCCUAUACUAAGGAAGAAGUUCACGGGACAACCCGAACACGUGAUUAAUUACAUGUUCAUGCUGGCGGAAGAAGUUAGACAACUGAUGGCGAAACUGGGAGUUCGGACCUACCAGGAAUUGGUAGGUCGCACUGACUUGCUGAAAGUAUCAGAAGAAGGUUCGGCUAAAGCUAAGAUGCUCAAUUUGAAUCUGAUCCUAACGAAUGCUCUGCAUAUGCGUCCGGGGGUUAACAUUAAAGGGGCUUCGCAAGUUCAAGACUUCCAAUUAGAAAACAGAAUGGAUAACAUCCUCAUUGAAAAAGCAAAAGGUGUACUUGAUGGAACCGAGAAGACCGUCGAUAUCGAAAUGAAGAUUAAUAACGAAUGUCGAGCUGUCACUUCCACUCUUAGCUACCACAUUUCUUGCAAAUACGAUGAGCAAGGUCUUCCCGAUGAUCAGCAUAUCAAUAUUAGAUUAAAUGGUUCGGCUGGGCAAAGUUUCUGUGCUUUCUUGGUUAACGGAAUUACUGUGACUUUGGAAGGAGAUGCAAACGACUAUGUUGGCAAAGGUCUUUCAGGCGGUACCAUUAUCAUAUACCCUCCCAAAACAUCGCCGUUCGAAUCUCAUUUGAACGUGAUCGUGGGCAAUGUUUGCUUGUAUGGAGCCACUUCUGGUCGCGCUUACAUGCGUGGUAUUGCUUCGGAACGUUUCGCUGUGCGAAACUCCGGUGCUGUAGCGGUUGUAGAAGGUGUAGGGGAUCACGGUUGCGAAUACAUGACAGGAGGUAUUGUCUUGAUUUUGGGUCUGACUGGCCGCAACUUCGCUGCUGGUAUGUCUGGAGGCAUUGCUUACGUUUGGGACGUCGAUGGUAAAUUCUCCACUAAAUGUAACCCGGAACUGGUAGAACUUUGUAAACUGGAAGACAAAGAAGACGUCGACCUUGUCAAAACUCUUCUCCACGAAUUCAAAGACCUAACAGAAAGUGUAAUCGCCGAGCAACUAAUCAAUGAGUUUGACGAACGACGAAAGGAAUUCGUCAAGGUAUUCCCGUACGAAUACCAACGUGUCCUAAAACAAAAAGCGACCGAGCAGAUGGUCAACAACGUGCAGCAAAACCACGAACCUAAAAUCCAAGACAUCGAGGACGCAGUCACUGAUGUUGCAAUGGAGCAGAAAAAACUGGACAAGGUACGUGGGUUCAUGAAGUACCCAAGAGAAACCGGGAUGUACAGACCGGCGGAAAAGCGAAUGAAAGACUGGGACGAAAUUUACAACUUCGGUCAUGUCCGCAAAGGUCUGAGAGUCCAAGCCGCUCGUUGUAUGGAUUGUGGAGUCCCAUUCUGUCAGUCGAACUCCCAUGGUUGUCCACUCGGUAACAUAAUACCAAAGUGGAAUUUCCUCGUCUUCCAAAACCAGUGGAGGCAAGCUCUUAACCACCUCCUCCAAACAAACAACUUCCCGGAAUUCACCGGAAGAGUUUGUCCCGCACCAUGUGAAGGUGCUUGCGUUUUGGGCAUUUCUGAGCCUAGUGUAACUAUCAAAAAUAUAGAGUGUGCCAUUAUUGACCACGCUUUCGAAAAUGGAUGGAUCACACCCCAGAUACCUCAAUUCAGAACCGGGAAACAAGUCGCAGUUGUAGGAUCGGGUCCUUCCGGACUGGCGUGUGCCCACCAGCUGAACAAGGCAGGUCAUACUGUCACCGUUUUCGAAAGAAACGAUCGAGUUGGAGGCUUACUGCAAUACGGAAUUCCCACAAUGAAAUUGAGCAAGAACGUUGUUCAAAGAAGGGUGGAUCUUCUAGCAGCUGAAGGAAUAACGUUCAAGACCAAUGUCAACGUGGGGAAGGAUAUUUCUGCCAAAGAACUGAGCGAGGAAUACGACGCUGUAGUUCUUUGUACAGGAGCCACGUGGCCACGAGAUCUACCUCUACCAGGACGUCAGCUAGGUGGAAUUCACUUCGCUAUGGAGUUUUUGGAAAGCUGGCAGAAGAAGCAACUAGGAGCUAACCAUAGCGGUCCUCACGCCAAGGACAAAAAUGUGAUAAUCAUCGGCGGUGGUGACACCGGUUGUGACUGCAUAGCUACUUCGUUGAGACAUGGAGCCGCUUCGAUCACCACGUUUGAGAUUCUUCCGGAACCAAGUCCAAAGAGAACAGCUGAUAAUCCCUGGCCACAGUGGCCCAGAAUAUUUAGAGUUGAUUACGGUCAUGACGAGGUGAAAGUACGAUUCGGUGGCGACCCAAGAGUCUUCAGCAUUCUAACCCAAGAAUUUCUCGAUAAUGGGCAAGGACACGUCAGCGGUGUUAAAACCGUUAAUGUCGAAUGGACCAAAGAUGAAAGCGGUCGGUGGCAAAUGAACCAAGUUCCAGGAACCGAGAGAGUCUUCCCAGCCGAUUUGGUACUUCUAGCCAUGGGCUUCUUGGGUCCAGAGCGCGCCAUUGCUGACCAACUCGAACUGACAUUGGAUGCUCGUUCUAACUUCAACACUAAAGAAUACAAGACCAAUUUGCCGAACGUUUUCGCUGCUGGAGAUUGUCGACGUGGUCAGUCCUUGGUUGUUUGGGCUAUUUCUGAAGGACGACAAGCCGCACGAAGAGUGGAUGAAUUUCUUAAUCAAGGACAAACAGUUUUGCCUGGUCCUGGUGGCAUUAUUCAACCUAGCACAAAUCCUGUAGCCUGUCCAGUCUAAGAGAACGAUCAUCGGGUAGUUCACCGUGGACACUUGCUUUUACGUUUUAGGUUGCCAAAUGAAAUUAUUAUUGCAAUUGUUACUAAAUUACAACUAGAUGUAUUAAUGUUAUACUUGUGGCAAAGUUUAAUGUACAGUGAGUAACAUAUCGUCCACUUUCGUUUUCAAGCAGAACACAAUUUAUUCUACGAUCCUAAACAUAUCUGGAGAUACUGUGGUUUUAUUUUAAAUGUUAGAGUUUCAGAGUCAAUUCUUUGUAACAAUUCAUAAAAAAACGAAAAAAAAUUCAAAUUUAGCACUUUUUACAAGCCUUAGUUUAAAAGACAAUAACCUUAAUGUGAUGAGAUAGCUUUUAGAAUUUGAAAUGCAGCGAAUAAUGUGAAAGUAUAAAGUAGCUGGAGUUCUAGUUUGGGAAAUUUUUGCCAAAUUUUUAACAUCAAUGUGUUAGAUUGUUUAUGAUGGUGUAGCUGUUAGCUUUGAGUUUCAUUAUAAGAUCGUUUGUAAAAAUUUGUUUCCUGUGUUAAAAAUGUACACGUAAGUAACUUUUGAAGAAAGUUUCUGUUGAGUCCCCGUCAAAAAUAAUUUGUGCGGGGGUCUGUUUAUUUUUAUAGAUAUCAACCUUUUGAACGGUUAUUUGUAUGAAUUUUGCGAUUUUUUUUAUGUCUGUUUUAAGACUGUAUUUUUGCUAAACAAAUAUUUUUGUUAGGUUAGACAUAAAAUUCGAUUGGUGGCAAUCGUUCUGUAGUCAAUAUUAUUCAAUAAAAUAGAUGUUGUUACAGCAUA